AUGUUUCGUUUAAAAUAUCCAUUAUCAAUUUUUUUCAGUAUUUUAGUAAUUUGUAUUAUCUCAAUUAAUUUGAUUAAUACUAAUUCACAUAUUGUUAAAAGAGAUUUGGAGGCAACACAAACCACAGUGGAACAACCAACUAAAAGACAAGAUAAUCUGAUUCAAAUUUUCCAAUUUAACGUUAAGAAUGAUGCUAAUCCAACUAAAUUAGAAACCAAUGAAAAACCAUGGUCCACUCGUAAAACCGGGGUUAUUCACGCCAUUAAAUCCAGAGCCACUAAGUAUCCUACUUUAAUUGGAUUACAAGAAUCAGUCAAACAUCAAAUUGAUGAUAUUCUUGAAGGUUUGGGUAGUGAUUAUACUUAUUAUGGUAUUGCUAGAGGAACUAAUACAAGUGAUGAUGAAUAUAAUCCAAUCAUUUAUAAUAAGAACGAAUUCGAAUUGUUGUAUAAUAAAACUUACUGGUUAAGUGAAACUCCUGAAUACCCAUCAAUUAGUUGGGGGGCUAAAUACGAUAGAAUUGUUACUGUUACUACUUUUAAUGAAAAAUCAACUAAUAAAAAUGUUAAUUACUUGGUUUCUCAUUUUGAUUUUGCCAGUGAAGACGCUAGAACAAACAGUGCUAAAGAAGUUUUGGAUAUUGUUGAUAACAAGAUUUCAAAUUCCGAUAUCGAUUUCUUCAGUGGUGAUUUGAAUGCCCAACAAUCCGAACCUGCUUAUUCGGUUAUCACCAGUCAAUUCACUGAUGCUAAUAAAGCUAGUAAAAAAACAAGAAAGGCUAAAAAAGAUUUUGUCAUUGAUUACGAUGCUGUCAUUGACUACAUCUUCUAUAAACCAAAUGGUAAUACUCUGGUUCAAUUACAAGAUUAUCAAGUCCUUAAUGGGUUAUACGAUGGCUAUAACAUAAGUGACCAUGCUCCUUCCUAUGCCUUAUUUUCCUUAUAG